AUGGAUGUAGUUUCUCAAGUCUCAGACCCAACCGGUGGACAAUUUAGCUUCAAUGGUUUCUUGUAUACCGAUGGAGUUGCAGAUCUAAACCCAGACGGUUUGUUCGAACUCAUAACUUCAAAGACACAAGGAGGAUCUGGUCAAGUUCUUUAUCAGUUCCCACUUCAGGCCGAGCCUGUCUUCACCACUUUUGUCUUCGCCAUCGUAGCAGUCCGUAAAACAAUCGCCGGUUGUGGACUUUCCUUCGACAUCUCUUCUACAAAAGGCUUGAAUCAUGCUCCAAACUCCACUAACCACUCUGUUUCGGUUGAGUUCCAUACUGGCAAAAGCGAAAAACCGGACGGUGAAGAUGUAAAUUUCGUUGGUAUUAAUGUCAAUGGCUCGGAUUCGGAUAGAAACCGAUCAGCUGGUUAUUUCGAAGAUGAUGGUAGUUUUGUAGAUAUAGCUAUUGCAAAUAGUGGUCCAAUACAAGUAUGGAUUGAGUAUAACAACUCAACUAAACAGCUUGAUGUUACAAUGCAUUCUAUUUAUACUAGUAAGCCCAAGAUUCCUCUGCUUUCUCUGUCCAAAGAUCUUUCUCAGUAUUUACUUGAGUAUAUGUACGUUGGCUUUACUUCAGUGGGAAGUCCAACUUCUUCUCACUAUAUUCUUGGCUGGAAUUUCAACAACACUGGGAAUGUUUCAGCUAUAAACCUCGCUCGUCUUCCCAAAGUGCCCGAUGAAGAUCAAGAUGGAUCGUUGAGUCGCAAGAUCUUGGCUAUUAGUUUGAGUAUCUCAGGAGUUACUCUUGUUAUCGUCUUGUUUUUUGGAGUUCUCUUCUUCUUGAAGAGGAAGAAGUUCUUGGAAGUUAUUGAGGAUUGGGAGCUACAAUUUGGUCCUCAUAAAUUCACUUACAAAGAUCUUUUCAUCGCCACUAAAGGUUUCAAGAACAGCGAGCUUCUUGGAAGAGGAGGUUUUGGAAAAGUCUUCAAAGGGAUCUUACCGUUGUCUAGUAUACCGAUCGCGGUGAAGAAGGUUUCUCACGAUUCAAAACAAGGGAUGAGAGAGUUUUUGGCUGAGAUUGCUACCAUUGGGAGACUGAGGCAUCCAGAUUUGGUUCGUCUUCUCGGGUAUUGCAGACGCAAAGGCGAACUCUAUUUGGUCUAUGACUUCAUGCCCAAAGGAAGCCUUGAUAAGUUUCUUUACCAUCAACCAAAUCAAGUUCUUGACUGGUCACAAAGAUUCAAGAUCAUCAAAGAUGUCGCCUCUGGACUUUGCUACUUGCAUCAACAGUGGGUGCAGGUGAUUAUUCACAGGGAUAUUAAGCCAGCAAACAUUCUUCUUGAUGAAAAUAUGAACGCGAAGCUCGGUGAUUUUGGACUUGCGAAGCUAUGUGACCACGAGAUUGAUUCUCAAACCUCCUAUGUCGCAGGUACAUUUGGAUAUAUAUCACCGGAGCUCUCAAGAACAGGAAAAUCAAGCACAAGCUCUGAUGUUUUCGCAUAUGGAGUGUUCAUGUUGGAGAUAACUUGUGGAAGAAGACCAAUCGAGCCACGAGGAUCACCGAGCGAGAGAGUUUUGACUGAUUGGGUACUGGAAUGUUGGGACAGUGGAGAUAUACUGCAAGUCGUUGAUGAGCGGUUAGGGCACAAGUAUCUUGCGGAACAAGUAACUCGGGUUUUGAAACUGGGAUUGCUUUGUUCGCAUCCAGUGGUAGCCACUAGACCAAGCAUGUCAAGCGUAAUCCAAUUCUUAGACGGUGUAGCCACUCUUCCUCAUAACUUGCAAGACCUUGUGAAUGAUCGGAAAAUCGAUGCUUUAGGUGCAGCAACUGAUCAGUCUCCGGAGGCAAGUAGUAACGUUUAUUCUUCUAUCAUGACGGAAUCGUUUGUCUCUGGUGGACGCUAA